UUCUGGGCAAUGUCUGAUUGGCAGAUGUUCAAAGAGAUUCUUUAGUAAUCCAGAGCAUCAAUGAACUGCACAAAAUCAGUACAGAACUGGAAUAAUUCAGGCAUGAGGACACUUUGUGGGUACACUCCGGAAAAGCAGAACCAGGAUGGACAGAACCUUGGAGUCUCUGCAAUAUUUAAUUGCCCAAGUACUGCCUCAUAGAGACCCUGCCCUUGUAUUUAAAGACUUGAAUGUCGUAGCAGUGCUGCAGGAAUUCUGGGAGAACAAACAGAAACAGAGAGCUGUAUUUCCAAGUGAAGGCACAGUGGUGUAUGAGUCAUUGAACUUUCCUGGUCCUCCAUUUGUCAGUUAUGUCACCCUACCUGGAGGAAGCUGUUUUGGCAACUUUCAGUGCUGCUUAAGCAGAGCAGAGGCAAGACGAGAUGCUGCAAAAGUGGCUCUGAUCAACUCUCUGUUCAAUGAAUUGCCCUGUCGCAAGAUCACAAAGGAAUUCAUUAUGGAAAGUGUUCAAGAAGCUGUUUCCUCGACCAGUGGUACUUUAAGUGAUGCGGAUGACCCAAGCACAAGCAUCGGGGCCUAUCAUUAUAUGUUGGAGUCAAACAUGGGGAAAACUAUGUUAGAAUUUCAGGAGCUGAUGAUCGUCUUUCAGCUGCUGCAUUGGAAUGGAAGCCUUAAAGCCUUACGUGAAACAAAGUGCUCCCGUCAGGAAGUAAUUUCCUAUUAUUCCCAGUAUUCCUUAGAUGAAAGGAUGAGAAGUCAUAUGGCCCUGGACUGGAUUAUGAAGGAGCAAGAAUCUCCAGGAAUUAUUUCCCAAGAGCUACAAGUGGCCUUGAGAGAGCUGGAGGAAGCCAGGAAAGCUGGACAAGAAUUGCGGUUUCACAAAGAAAAGAAGGAAAUACUGAGUUUAGCCCUAAGCCAGAUCUACAGCGACCAAGUAACCUCAUCCUCAAAUGAUGAUCAAAUGGACCUGGCCUUAAGUGGCUAUCACUAGCACAGCCCUGCUGCCCUGAAGUAGGAUUAUAACACUG